AUGUAUUUUUAUUACUACUUCAGGAUUAUACCAACAGAAAAUUCAUGGUGCGCAGAUACCACGUUCACCCAAACCUGUAAUGAUGAGCGUAUUCCUAAUGACAACCCCAUCGACGAAUCGAUCAUGCUGCUGGAAGACAUGCUUAACCACCAAACAAAGAUUCCAACUGAGUGGCACACCUCCAUACAUGAAGUUGAUCAGAAAUUUGAUAGUGAUGCUGAAGUUAGAUUAGCACUUCAAUACUAUUCAAUUGCUAAAUGGUUCGAGUAUGAUUUUUAUCACAAUGAACAAAGGCGCAUAAGAGUCUAUUGCCUAUUCAAGCACACACAUGGUUUCCCUUGGAUGUUGUUUGCUUCCCCACUCAGAAAUUCAUCUAUCAUGUCCAUAAAGAAUUUCAAAUCUACCCACACCUACGGUCAAUAUGGAGCAAAUGCUGGUAACUCAAGGGCAUCAAGGAAGUUCAUUGCUAGUCAAAUACAAGCUGUUUUAAAGGUUAGGCCACAUCUUGGUGCAGUUGAUAUCAAGAACGACAUGCUCUCCAAUUUUGACAUCAAGACUAACUACAGUAAAGCUUGGUGGGGUAAGGAGACAGCUCAACAGGAUCUGUUCGGUGACGAUGAUGAGGCUUACGAUUCAUUGAGAUGGUAUGAAUACAUGGUGCAUGCAACUAAUCUAGGGACUUGUGUUGUUAUUGAUGCUGAUGACGGGAGGUUCAGGCGUUUGUUCAUUAGUUAUAAUGCUUGUAUUGAAGGGUUCAUUACUGGGUGUAAGUCUCUAUUGUUUUUGGAUGGAACAUUUAUUAAAGAUCGCCAUAGAGGCAUACUACUUAGUGCCACUGGGCAUGACGGUAACCAGAGAAUAUCUCCCCUUGCUUAUUGCGUAUGCAACCAGGAGAAUGAUGUUAACUAG